AUCCACGUUCGUCCCCGCUUGGAAGCCGUGGAGAGUGAGAAAAUGGCAGCACCGCCACUUCCAAAUCCCUUCCUCCCGCCAAUUUCACCAACGUUCUCUCCGCAGAGCCCUAAAUUCUGUUUUCCGGCGACUACUCCCACCGUCGGCGCACGGCGAGCUACUCCAUUCGUAGCUUGUUCUUCUGCUACUGUGAGAAAUGGGGGAAGAGUUAAUCCAGAUGAUUAUCAUUCCACUCUAAGAGCCCUCAAUUCCAAAGGCCGCAUGCCAAGAAAAUCUCUCGGCCAGCAUUAUAUGUUGAAUUCUUCGAUUAACGAGCAGCUGGCUGCUGCAGCUAAUGUUAAAGAGGGCGACGUGGUAUUGGAAAUUGGGCCCGGAACUGGAUCGUUAACCAGUGUCCUUAUUGACUUAGGUGCCACAGUGCUUGCAGUUGAGAAGGAUUCAUAUAUGGCUGCUCUUGUAGAUGAAAGAUUUGCUGGCACAAACAGAUUGAAGGUUCUAAACGAGGACUUCACUAAAUGUCACGUGAGUUCACAUAUGUCGUCAUUGCUCAAAAGUAUUGAGUUGUCUGAUUCAAAAUCACAACCUGCAAAAGUAGUCUCCAACAUACCAUUCAAUAUAAGUACAGAUAUAAUUAAACAACUUCUUCCAAUGGGAGACAUUUUUUCAGAAGUUGUUCUUUUACUCCAGGAGGAGACAGCUCUACGCUUAGUGGAUUCAUCUUCGGGAACAUCUGAAAAACGCCCCAUCAAUGUAUUUGUGAACUUUUAUUCAGAUCCUGAAUUCAAAUUUAAAGUUCCAAGGACAAACUUUUUUCCUCAGCCUAAUGUUGACGCAGCUGUUGUAUCUUUCAAGCUGAAGCAAGCUGCAGACUAUCCUGCAGUUUCCUCCAUCAAGAGCUUCUUCUCAAUGGUUAACUCAGCAUUCAAUGGCAAGCGUAAAAUGUUACGAAAAUCGCUUCAACACAUUAGCACAGCCCUCGAGAUAGAAAGAGCUUUGGAAGAUUGUAGCCUUCCAACAACUUCAAGACCAGAGGAGCUAAGCUUGAAUGAUUUUGUUAGGUUACAUAAUUUGAUUGUGAAGCAGUAAUACCUGAGGCAUUAACUGGAAGAGAUACUCAAAUCCAAGUUCCUUCAGGAUGGCCUGUAAAGGAGGUUGGAAGGAAGAAACUGAAGGUGUAAAAGGAGAAGUGGACUGAGAAGGAAAAGGAAGCUUCCACAAGCAGCUUGACAAGAACCAAUGCAAGCUAGGUAAGUGAUUUAUAGCCAACUUUGUAGUCACUGUUCAUUUUAGAACGAAUCCAUGCCUUUUCAUGCUGGUAUGAUGUGAUUCCAGUUAUAUUAGUGACCAACGACGACCAUUAGUAAAAUUCUAAAUUAUUACAUCUG